UUCCCACUCCACACCCACCCCGGCUGCUGGAUCGGACCCUCCCUCUUCGGUAGCUCAAUUUGCCAGCCUGGAUGUCGUCGGAUCAACACUGCUGCUGUACCGCAACAGAUGUCUGAGAGCAAACCAGCUGAGUAGAGGACUCCCCUCUCUGCCCAAGCGCUACACCUGCAGCCAUGAAUGGCGGAGCCAGUGUGUGGGCCAUCACUCCAGAGGAGAGGGGGAAACAUGACAAACAGUUUGACACCCUGGCCCCCGUCCUCGGCUAUGUCUCAGGGGAGCAAGCCAGGAAAUUCUUCCUCCAGUCUGGCCUGCCCCCUUCGGUCCUGGCUGAGAUCUGGAACUUAGCUGACAUGGACAGCGAUGGAAAGAUGGACAGACUGGAGUUCUCAAUGGCAAUGAAGCUCAUCAAAAUCAAACUUCAGGGGCGGAACUUACCCUCUUCUCUGCCAAUCAUUAUGAAGCAAUCUCCUGUCUCCAACUCUGCUUCUAUCAUGCCUUCAACAGCUCGCUUUGGAAUGGGUUCAAUGCCAAACCUGUCAAUGGGUCUGUCAUCCAUGUCAACUAUGUCAGCCAUGCCCCUCCUAACACCAAUCCCGGCUAACCCCCCCAUGCACUCUUUGCAACCCCUGAUGCAUAUUCCAAUGACUCUGCCCCUCAUCUCCUCCCUCGGAAACUCUGGACUCACCAACGGCAAUGUCAACCUCCUCACCCCACCCCUUGUUCCCAACAAUGCAGGGCUUCCUCUCUCUGGCUUCUCCUCUCCUAUGGCCUUCUCUCCAUCCACUGGCAUGUCAAAUGCAAACUCCCUCCUCGACCUUGGAUCCAGCAGUUCAAAUUCUUCUUCCACCACAUCGUUGGCCAGUAACUCUCCCAAGACAGGAGCGAGUGAUUGGGCCGUGCCUCAGGCCUCAAGACUCAAGUAUCGUCAGCAGUUUAACACGCUGGACAAGCUAAUGAGUGGCUACUUGUCAGGGCCUCAGGUUAGAAAUGCUUUGAUGGCGUCCAACCUGACACAAACUCAGCUAGCGACUAUCUGGACCUUGGCAGACGUAGAUAAGGAUGGUCAGCUACAAGGUGACGAGUUCAUUCUGGCCAUGCAUCUGGUUGACAUGGCUAAAACUGGUCGACCUCUUCCCCUCACACUGCCUCAAGACCUUGUGCCUCCUUCUCUCAGAGGAGGAAUCAAGCCCAGUGAGCUUGUAAAUGGAACAGGGCCUUACAUCUCUCCCUCUUUGUUGGACACAGUGGAGUUAGAUCCUGCGCAGAAGAACAAGAGCAGUGUGUCCUUUGAGGACAAGCUUAAGGAGAACUUUGCAAGAGGCAGCGCCGAACUGGAGAAGCGCCGCUUAGCUCUAGAAGAAGGGCAGAGGAAGGAAAGGGAGAGGAGAGAGAGGGAGGAGAGAGAGGAGAGGGAGAGGCGGGAGAGGGAGGCCAGAGAUCAGGAGAACCGGAGGAGGCUGGAGGAGGAGAGGCGGUUGGAGAGGCAGAGAGAGAUGGAACGACAGAGGGAGGAGGAGAGGCUGAGGGAGCUGGAGAGAAAGGAGGCAGCAAAGCAUGAGAUGGAGCGCCAGCGGAGGGAGGAGUGGGAGCGUGCAAAAAGAGAGGAGCUGGGAAGGAGGAAAGAGGGGGAACAGGAAGAGAUCACAAGACUCAGGGCGAAAAAGAAGAGUCUAGAGUUGGAGCUAGAGGCUGUGGGCAACAAGCACAAGCAGAUCUCAGACUGUCUCCGAGAUGCUCAGAGCAAGAGGCGGAUCCUGAAGUCAGAGGUGGAUCUUGUCAAUCAAAAAAGAGACGAACGCAUCACAGAAAUCAACAACUUGCAGCUUCAGCUUGAGGAGUGGCAGAGGAAGCUCUCACAUCUGGUCCCGGAACAGCAGAGGCUGACCGAGAAGCUACGAAACAUUAAUUCUAACAAAAUCUGCCCCUUGACUUUGACGUCUCUGACUGGGAACGUGGAAGAGAAAGGUGUGAAUUGUCGGAGGCUGAAGGACCAGCUCGACACGCUCGAGCGAGAGACCACCGACAAACUGGUCCAGAUGGAGGAGUACAACAAGGAGCUGAAGGAGCUGAGGGAGAAGCAGGUGCGGCAGCAGGCUGUCCUGGAUGACCUGUACAGAGUCAAAGAGGAGAAACUGAGGGAGCUGCAGAAACGCAGGGAGGCGGAGUUGGAAAGAAAGAGGAGAGAGGAAGAGGAGGCCGCCAGACGAGCAAAGCUAGAGCAAGAGAGAAGGGAGCAGGAGAGGAGAGAGAAGGAGGAAGAGGAGGCACGUCAAAGGAGGCUCCAGGAGGAGCAGAGGGCCAGGCAGAGGGAGGAGGAGGAGAGGGAGGCACAGGCUCGCCUCCGGGCAGCUCAGGAGAAAGCACAAGAAGAGGAGAGAAGAAGGAGAGAAGAGGAGGAGGAGAAGAGGAGGAGGGAAGAGGAGGAGAGGAAGCAAAAAGAGCAGGAAGAAGAAGAGGAGACGAAGCGAAGGAAGGAUGAACAAGAGAGAGAAGCACAACAGCUGGUGGUUGUGGAUCAGCAAUCAUCCAAGCUGACAUCAUACAAAGCUCUGUACUCGUUUGUCGCUCGAAAUGCAGAUGAGCUGAGUAUAGAUGCAGACGGCCUUAUAGAGGUGGAUGAGCAGACAGUCGGUGAGCCUGGCUGGUUGUGUGGAAGUUAUCGUGGAAACAGGGGCUGGUUCCCCCAGAGUUACGCAAAGAAAUGUCCUGCAUCUCCUGCUGCUGAGACUGCUGUUUUGUCAGCUGGAAACAAGUCCUGUCCACCGCCCCCACUUAAGCCAGGAAUCCCACAUGAGGAGGAAGCAAGCAACACCAUCGUCCCAGCCCAACCAGACAAUUCACAGGUACAAAGGGAAAGCUUGACUAAUGUUUACUUUAGAUGUCUCCGUUCUCUGAAUUUCACUCCUCAGCUCUCAGUCCCUCUGCUUGCUCCUGUCUCCUCGUGGUCUGCAAGCUCAGAAACUCACCUCACCCUCUCCUCUGUUGGCGGCGAUGUCAUCACUGCACUCCUGAGCUUCACACAAGGUGACAUCAUCAGUGUGCUGCAACAGAAGGAAGACUGGUGGCUGGGACAGCUCAACGAGACACAGGGAUGGUUCCCUAAAAGCUACGUCACUCUGGAGAUGUGUGACAAUACAGAUUUGGAUUCAUACGACACUUCUGACUCCGUUCAGCUUGAGGAAUAUGUGGCCUUGUACACGUACGAGAGCCCAGAGGCAGGGGACCUGACGUUUGUUGAGGGAGAUGUUGUCAUGGUGACAGAGAGAGAAGGAGAGUGGUGGCGAGGAUGCAUCGGGGACCAUACAGGGGUUUUUCCUUCCAACUACGUCCGACCUGUAGAGCCAGAGGGGACAAGACCUGGAGCAACAACCAAAAAGCCUGAGAUCGCCCAGGCAGUCACCAUGGCGCUUGCCCCCACGAUGCAACAGUUGCAUCUGUCUCCAGGGCAACUGAUAGUGGUCUUGGCCAAGAACUCCACCGGCUGGUGGCUCGGGGAACUGCAGGCUCGAGGCAGGAAGCGGCAGAGAGGCUGGUUUCAUUCGUCUCACGUCAAGCUGCUCGGUCCCUCCAGCAGCAAGCCCUCCCCCUCCCCUCUGCCAGUGUGCCAAGUAAUUGCAAUGUACGACUACACGGCCGCCAAUCAGGACGAGCUGAAUUUUUCCAAGGGUCAGCUCAUCAACAUUUUGGACAAAACCAACCCUGACUGGUGGAAAGCAGAAGCCAAUGGGAUCACAGGCCUGCUGCCCACCAAUUAUGUCAAGAUGACAACAGAAUCCGACCCCAGCCAGCAAUGUUCAGUAGAUUCCUUAUCCAUGUCAGAGCAUGGACAGACUGAGGGGUGUGCUGACCUGAUGACGCUGGACUCGAUGACUCCUCAGGAAAGGAAGAGACAGGGUUACAUACAUGAGCUGAUCCAGACAGAGGACUACGUGGAAGACCUUGAGCUGGUUCUAGAGGUCUUCUACAAGCCCAUGUCAGAAUCAGGUCGUCUAACAGAAGAUGAGAUGGGAGUGAUCUUUGUCAACUGGAGGGAGCUGAUUAUGUGCAACACCAAACUACUGAAAGCCCUGCGAGUCCGUAAGAAGACGGGAGGUGAAAACAUGCCGGUGCAGCUGAUAGGGGACCUGUUAGCAUCAGAGCUCGCUCACAUGCAGCCCUACAUCCGCUUCUGCUCCUGUCAGCUCAAUGCUGCUGCCCUGCUGCAAAACAAAACAUACAACCAGCCCGACUUUAAAGACUUCCUGAAGAAGAUUGCCACAAACUACCGCUGCAAAGGAAUGCCACUAUCCAGCUUCCUCCUCAAGCCCAUGCAGAGAAUCACACGUUACCCCCUGCUCAUAAAGAAUAUCCUGGAGCACACUCAAGAAGUUCACGCAGACCGAGGCCCGCUGAGAGAAGCUCUGGAGCGAGCUGAGGAGCUGUGCUCGCAGGUCAACGAGGGAGUCAGGGAGAAGGAGAACUCAGACAGGCUUGAGUGGAUCCAGAGCCACGUUCAGUGUGAGGGACCUAUAGAGCACUUGGUCUUCAACUCGCUGACUAAUUGCCUCGGGCCUCGCAAGCUGCUCCACAGCGGACGUCUUCACAAAACCAAAAGCAGCAGGGAGCUGUGGGUUUUCCUUUUUAAUGAUUUCCUUCUCCUCACACACAGUGCCAAACCCUUCUCCUCCUCAGGAGCAGACAAGCUGUUCAGCCUGAAGACCAACAUCCAGCUGAAGAUGUACAAAACACCGCUGUUUCUUAACGAGGUUUUGGUGAAAAUGCCUCCCGAUCCUUCAAGUGACGAACCACUUUUCCACGUCUCACACAUUGACCGUGUCUACACUCUGAAAACUGAGACCUUAAAUGAGAGGACAACAUGGGUGCAGAAAAUCAAAGCAGCAUCUGAACAUUUCAUAGAGACAGAGAAGAAAAAGAGAGAGAAGGCUUACCAAGCUCGUUCCCUAAAGAGCAGCGGUAUCGGUCGGCUGCUGGUGACAGUCACAGAAGCCCAGGAGCUUAGAGCGUGUAAACCUAACGGUAAGAGUAACCCGUACUGUGAGCUGACGAUGGGGGCUCAGUGUUACGCCUCUCGACCAAUCGCAGACACUCUGAACCCAAAGUGGAACUUCAAUUGUCAGUUCUUCAUCAAAGACCUUUACCAGGACGUGCUGUGCAUCACUGUGUUUGAGAAGGACCAGUUCUCACCAGAUGAUUUCCUGGGUCGCACUGAGGUCCCUGUGGCAACGAUAAAAAAAGAGAUGGAGAGCAAAGGUGCAGCCAACCGUCGCCUGCUGCUGCACGAGGUUCCCACUGGAGAAGUUUCAGUCAAACUGGACCUUCAGCUGUAUGAGCCGACCAAAUGAAAACAACACCCUCAGCAGACAUCACUUCUUUUUAUAGUAAUGAAGAGGAAACAUUUAGUUGAAACAGUCACAUAAAAACUUAAAGUGAUCUCAUGACGAUUACAGCCUUGUACUGCCCUGAGCUGGCGAGAUUUAUCUUGUUGACUUCAAGUUACAGGAUAAGGAGACCUUGCCAAAACUGUUGGAUUACAUUCCAAUGAAUUGUCCUGAGACAUUCCUUAUUGUGGAAAAAGCGUUUUCCUGUUUACUAACAAAUUAUCUUACAUGAUUUUUUUUUUGUAUUUGCAAAUAUUUUCAUGUGAAACACAGAAGUGCAAUUAAAAAACAUGCCAUGAAGAUGUCCCAUUUAGAUCACCAAACGAUAAAGUUUUGUAAUAUUCAUAUUCUGAACCUUUUAUGCAAAACACAGUAAAUAUUAACAGGAAAUAUUUCACUGUACUUUAACUGUUGUUCUUUCACCUGGACCAUUACACACAUAUGCUUGUUAUCCUUUUCUAUUCAAAUGUUGCACACUACUGUAUAAUGUCAAAGAUUAACCUCAUUGUUAACUGAGCUAUGGAGGUUUAUGUUAAGUAAGGCCAUAAACUCCUGAAUGUGGCAUAAAUAAAAAUGCACACAUAGAAUAUUC